UGUCUCAUAGUAUAUCUUCUGCCUGACCCCUAGGUACCUUUUUGACUGAUGGGUUCCUUCAUGCUUCAGGGUGUUUCUUAUUCCUAGGUUGCCGUUUUAGUGCAUGUGGAAUACUGUCUCAGCCGCGUAUUGCAUAAUUCUAUAUUCGUAUUUCUUUUCGUUGCACAAGCUUCAGCCUCCCGUCUGUCUGCCUGGUCUAGAUAUACAUCCUGGUCCCACCUUGGAUUCUCAAUAUCGUAUAUCAACUAUCGAUCGGCUGACCUUAUCUUGAAUCAACAUCGCAACAUCGUCGCCGUCAUGGCUCCCACGCCCGUCGACGGCAGCCCCUCCCCAGCCAAACCUUCCUCAACAGGAACCCCUCAGGAAGGGAGCUGGGGUAAGGCUUCCAUUGUCGCGCUAUCUAUCUUCGGGUUUUUCGUCAUUGCAUUUGGCAUCAUGCUCAUCGCAUUCUGGCUCCACAAGCGCGCCGAACGCAAGAAACUCCCGCCAUCGCAUCGCGUCUCCUCGUACCAUCCCUUCCGAACAAACUCCCAGAAAAGCGGACUACUAGCAAAUGCUGCGCCAACACCAGAGGCAGACGACAAGUCUAGCAUGUUCAGUAGGGACCGAAAUUCGAGCGUGUCGCUUUAUGUCGACUCGAAUGUUGACAAUCGGCGCAUGAGCAUGGAGACUUUGAGCUUGGUUCCCGUGGUUGUCACACCGGUAGACGAAGCCCAUGAUGGGACGGAUAUGGCCGGCAGUAACGGAAGUGGAGUGAGCAGAAGCAGCAGAAGCAGCAGAUACAGCGCGACGACGGGUGGUAGCAUUGGAUUGCGGAAUUUCCCCGUACCGGAAGAGCAGAGCGAGACGGAUUUGGGAGUGAGGACGAGUAGACCAAGGAGUACGAGUACAGCGAGCACGAGAUAUUACGACAACAAUAGCCCGGUGGAACCUAUGCCACAGAUACCCAAGAUUGUACACACACCAUCGCCGUAGACAUUCCCACGUGACAUGCAGCAAACGAGAGGGAAGGUACGAAUUGGCCAGGAAGGCCGGGAACAGAGAGCAAUGGGUGAAAGACUAUAGUUUGGAAUCUGUGGCGAAUGCACUGGGCCAUUGACUUGUUAGCCGCUGAAUUUCCUUGUUUCCGU